CAGCAGCAGCGGCUGCCGGCCAGGUGCGCGGGUGGCGGGUACGCCGUGUGGCCGGGCCACCCCUCGGCAGCGCCGCUCGCCUGGACCCGGCCGGGACGGGGUUGUGCUUGUAUGUGGAGGAAGGAGGUUAUACUCACUUCUUGGAAGCUCCUGACCACUCGCCAACAUGGUGGUUUUCACAUGCAAUGCAUGUGGAGAAGCUGUGAAGAAAGCACAGGUUGAAAAGCAUGUGAACAUCUGCAGAAACUGUCAGUGCCUGUCUUGCAUGGAUUGUGGCAAGGAUUUCUGGGGUGAUGACUAUAAGGAACAUGUGAAGUGCGUAAGUGAAGACCAGAAAUAUGGUGGAAAAGGUUUUGAAGCCAAAACUAACAAAGGAGAUGCCAAACAGCAGGAGUGGAUUCAGAAAAUCCAUGAAGUAAUGAAGAAGCCAAAUAUAAGCCCUAAAGUGCGGAACAUCCUGGAGCAGAUGCGUGCCUUUGAUAACAUUCCAAGAAAAAAAGUAAAGUUUCAGAAUUGGAUCAAGAACAGUUUGAGAAUUACUGACAGCACUUUACAAGAUCAAGUGUGGGAUGUUUUCUCAGAAGCAACCAGAAAGAUUUCAAAUGAAAAAGAACAGGACAAACCACAACGGAAGGAAGAGCGCCAGUCUGCAGAAACUGAGAUAAAAACAGUGGCAGAAGAAAAUGGAGUUACAGAUGAUAAAGUUGAGAAGAAAAAGAAUAAGAGAGAACGAAAAGAAGAGAGACAAAAGAACAAAAAGAAGGAGAAAAAAGAUUUGAAAUUAGAAAACCAGUCAGAGCUAAAAAAGAGUAAAAAGUCCAAGAAAGGAAAGGAGAGCGUGGAGAAUGAAUUUGAAACAAAUGGAAAUGGCCAUCAGAGUGAAGUUGAAGAGGAAACAAAAGUAAAGAAACGCAAACAUAAACAUGAAUUUGAAACAAAUGGAAAUGGCCAUCAGAGUAAAGUUGAAGAGGAAACAAAAGUAAAGAAACGCAAACAUAAACAUGAAUUUGAAACAAAUGGAAAUGGCCAUCAGAGUAAAGUUGAAGAGGAAACAAAAGUAAAGAAACGCAAACAUAAACAUGUAGAAGCUGCAACCAACCAACAGUAA